AUGCCAUCAACUAGGGCGCUAUUGACCACUAACCACUCGCUCGCCGGCCGCUCGGGCUCCGCGUUUCAAGUUCGUUAUCCUAACCGUCUCCUCUCCUCCACCGGGAGUCUGGCCCCUUCUUCUAUCUUAUCUACUGCCUUGCUCCUCGGCUCCAUACUGCUCCAGCCGCUCGCUGCUUGCUCACUUCUUCUGGAUUGGAUCCCCCCUGAUUCACUUCUCACAAGGGCAAAAGAUCAUUUUAAGAGAAAAAAACAAGACCUGAUCCCGGGCCACCUUAGCCAAGACGGGAAAGUUGACUCCUGGUUCUUGUCCUACCUUUCUACCGAACGGGAAAUCUAUACUCGUAGGCGGCUCUCAACUUUGUCGACCCUUACCUGGGGUCAGGCCCUUCCUUCCGCGAGGGAAUUGAAGACCUACCACUACGACGUUCCCCUCUGCUUACUUUAG